AUGGGAGAAAAAAGUGAAAGAAAACAUAAAACUUGGACUGAUGAGGAGCGUUUAGCACUAGCUUCGAGAUUGGAUGCAGAAUUGGAUGAAUAUAUUGACAGUUUAGAGAAGAAAAGUUAUACAGAAGGAUGGCCAGAAGAUCGGUGGGAAGAAGAAAUGGAAAAGCAUCCUUUCUUCAUGAAGAAAUCACCAGAAUCUGGCGAAAAACUUUCCCCUCUGAUGGAGGGGUUGCAACAACUUAAAUAUGGAGAGGAUGAAAACACUCCAGAGGAAUUAGCAAACAAUUAUAAAGAGGAUGGAAAUUUUAAUUACAAGUAUAAGAAAUACAGAUUAGCUAUUUUAAGUUACACGGAAGGUAUAAGAACUAAAUGUAAAGAUAAUGAUUUAAUGGCUCAACUUUAUAACAACAGAGCUGCUUCGCAUUUCAUGUUAAAAAACUAUCGUUCAAGCUUAAAUGACUCGAAACAUGCUUUAACAUUAAAACCAAAUUACCCAAAGGCUUUAAAUAGGGCAGCUACGUGUUGUUUCCAUAUUAAAGACUAUGAUCAGUGCAUUGACCUCUGUGACAAAUUUCUUGAUUAUUCUUCAACUGACAAGACAAUUUUAAGUUUGAAGUCACAGGCAGUAACUGAAAGAGAACGCUUAAAAAGGGACAAAAGAAAACAAGAGAGAUUAGAAAAGCAAUUAGAUAAAAAAGAAGAAGAAUUGAUAAACAUAAUUAAGUGUAAGGGUAUUAAUUUAGAAUUGAUUCAUGGCAGAAAAUAUCCAGAUUUAAAAGAUUUAGAACCUCAAGUGCCACAAAUUGCUCAGAGUAGAGUUCAUUUGGAUGCAGAAAACAAACUUGUUUGGCCAGUCAUGAUUUUAUAUCCAGAGACACAUCAGACAGAUUUCAUACAAAAUUUUCACGAGGAUACACUGUUAAUAGAACAAUUAGAACAACUCUUUAGUGAACCACCUGAGUGGGAUACAGGGAAACGUUAUAACCCUCAGAAUAUAAAUGUUUAUUUUGAGAGUAAAGAUAAAUGUUCUGUGCACAAAGUGAAUAUUCAUGAGUCCUUAGGAAAAAUAUUACAGAACAAACGAUUUAUCGUACGUGGAGGAACUCCGGCGUUUUUAAUACUCGUUAAGUCUAGUGAAGCGGAAAAACGAUUUUUAACGAAUUAUUAA